AAUUUUUUAUUUUAAUAAAUAAUCCUAAUAAUAAAACUAAUGCAAGAGCAGUAUGCAAGUAUUGUAGUGAAAAAAAUGGUGGUGCUCAAGCUGCAGCUUUAAUACCUGGAUGUUAUACAACAAAUAAAGCAAUUCUUUUGGCAGAAGAGAAAAGAAAAUUGAAAAAUAAUAAUAAUGAUGCAGUUGAGCAGAGAAAACCUAAAUGUCAAAAAAAUAUUACAAAUGAUACUUCAACAGCAUUAUCAAUUAUUCAAAAACAACCAUUGAUUUCUGAAAAUGAGGAUACCAAAGCAUUUUUUAAUUUUUUGGCACCUGGCAUUGAACUUCCAACAUGUAAAAAACUUGGUGAACAAAUUUUGCUAAACACAUCUAAAAAUCUACAAGAAUCAAUCAUUAAAAUUGCUCAAUCAGAUGAAAAUGGAGUAACUGUUGCUGUUGAUGGUUGGUCAAAUGUAAAACAAGAGAAGCUAUGGGGAGUAGUACUGGUUACAUCAAAUGGGAAACCAUUAAUUUGGGGUGCUCAAGAAACUACUUCUGAAAGAUCACAAACACAUGAUGUCAUACAUCAUUUUGAAAACUUGAUGAAUGAACUUAAUGACAAAAACAUAAAUGCUACAGCAUUUAUAUCUGAUUCUGCUGGGGAGUAUGUUGCAGCCAGAAAAAUUUUACAAAGAAAAUAUCCUGAUAAAAUAUUUCUUCCUUGCAUGGCUGGCUCACCAGAUGAAUUUGAUGAGCAACUAAGGAUUUAUAAGAAAUCAAUAAAAUUGGUUUCACCUAGUGACACUAUAUGGAAUUCGUAUUAUUUUUGUUUUAAUUCUGUAUUAAAGACUCAAGCAGCAUUAAAAUUCCUAGCAGCAAAAUUUAAUCCUGAUCAUGUAAGUGUCACUCAUACAAAUGGUAUUCCUAAUAUUCCAGUGGACAGAAGAACAACUAGAAAUAGCAAACAUUGGUUACCUGAUGAUAUUGUAGAUAUACAAAAAUAUGCUGAAAGACUUUAUGAAGUAGUCCAUUGCUUUGCAUAUACAUUACACAUUUUUUCUACACAUCAUGAUUUGGACUUUUCUGAAAAAAUGGUUUCUAGAAUUGAAAAGUGGUGGAAGGGUUGGGAGCAACCAAUUUUGUUGCUUUCCAUUAUUCUUCAUCCUUCUUAUAAAUUAUCAAAAUUUAGAUCAACUAUAAACAAUUUAUCAUGGACACAUGUUGGUCAGUGGCUGAAGUAUUAUUAUCAUGCCUUUUAUGGAAAACCAGCAACUAGUAUUUUAGCAGAAUUGAUUGAUUAUAGAAGGGGGAAUGAUCCAUAUGAUUAUGAUUCUUUUUUGCAAUUUAAAGGAAAUAUUUUGAAUUUUUGGGAGUUGACAAUUGGAGUUGGGCCUGAAUUAGCAAAUGUUUGUGUAAAUUCAGCCUCACAUAAUAAAGUCCUGGCAAUGAGUCAGAUUCAUAGCAAUAUUUUGUACCAACAUCAGAUUAAGAAAGAUGAUCAAACUGAUAGACAAAUAAAGCAACUUCAUAUUCCAAAACCAACUAUCCUUGAUCAUUUUGAUGAAAAUGAUAAUGAUGAUGUACAAAUUAUUGAUGAAGAGGAUUUAUUUGUAAAUGAAAAUCAUGAAACAAAUGAUGAUGAUUUUUUGGAGAAUGACAAUGAAUCAGUGAAUUCUAAUUCUGAUGAAAAUGUGAAUCAAUGGAAUAUAAUUGUUGCUCAUUGGAGAGAUGAAGCAAGUCAAGAAGGCCAAUUAGAAAAUCAUAGUGAUGAAAGUUUACUUGAAGAAGAUUUGGAUAAUGAUUUUUUGGUGGGAGUAAAUAAUAUUCAUCCAGCAGAUAAUGUCAACUUAAAAUGGGAAUUUUUUCCUAGAGUGCCCCCAUAUGUCCCUUUUCCUAAGUGCAAUCAAAGUGCCAAGACUAUUACAGAUACUUCUAGACAAGAUUCUCAGUCAAAUACUUCAUUGAUAGUUAGGAGGAUGAGUAAUCUCAAUUCAGAAGUGAUCCAAGAAGAUGAGGAAAUGGAGGAUGUGGAUGAAUUGGUAGAAACUCCAAUCAAAAACUCACACAAUCUUAACAGUAAAAAGCAAGUUAGUGAUUCCACUGAAAAAUCAUCCA